GAGCCUGAGGGGAAGGAUGUGAUCAGGUCCUCAAAACUAUGGGAUGCAUUCUCUUAACUGUGCUCACUACAUCCAUAUCCUUUGCCCUGUCACCUUGCGAUGGAGUCACUGUGACUUAAGUUCAAGUCGGGUUCAUGACAUGGUUGAUGGAUCACAUGCAGCAGAAUCAAAUCAGCAGUGACACUUGUGGGCCCAAAAUGCAAUCUGGACCCUGUGUGUUGGUUGGAGCCAGUCCAGGUUUACUUUCACAACUUCCAAUCCAGGAGCCUGCUCUCAUCAGCCCGUCUGAGUCCUUCAGCAGACAGUCUGGACUAAACCGUGUCCAAACUGUAGUUGUACCUGCAAAAAUGACAGACCAGAUGCAACCAGGGCAGACAAAGACUGGGACCACUCCAGCAAUGCUGGCAAGCAUAAGUCGGCCAAGACCGACUUCUCUUGGAGCUAAACCUGCACCAAAGCCGACCAGAAUCUCUGUGGACCCCUCCAAGGAAACAUCAGGACCUCCGAGUACCAACAUCCUGCCACACUGGCCAACAGAGUCCUCCUUUCCCCUUCCCAGUCCUCAGAGUCCCCACAGCCCUCAGUCUUACACCAGCCAGCCUUACCUGAGUCCUACUCUCAGCCUGUCCCCACUCAGUCCGAAACUGUCUCCCAGCUUCAGCCCCAAACCCAGUCUCAGUCCUCAGCCACAUAUCACCUCCUCACCUGGGAACUCAGCACAGAGCCAAGUGCAGCCGGAGAAGCCAGGAAAAGAGAACAAUGACUUCAGGGUGUACAUUGUCACAUGGAACGUGGGAUCAGCUGUUCCACCGGAUGACAUCACCUCUUUGUUUGGACCAAAUGUUUCAGAUGGGAGCGCUGACAUGUUCAUCAUUGGACUCCAGGAGGUCAACUCCAUGAUAAACAAGAGGCUGAAGGAUGCUCUGUUCUCAGACCAGUGGAGUGAUCUUUGCAUGGACACACUCAGUCCCUUUGGAUAUGUUUUGGUGGCAUCCCAGCGAAUGCAGGGAGUAUUGCUGCUGGUUUUCUCUAAAUUCUGCCAUCUUCCAUUCCUAAGAGGCGUGCAGACACAGAGUACACGCACAGGACUGGGGGGAUGCUGGGGGAACAAAGGGGGUGUCAGCGCGAGGAUGACAGUGUUCGGCCACCCUGUGUGUUUUCUCAACUGUCACCUGCCUGCUCACAUGAGGAACCUGGAGCAGAGGAUGGAAGACUUUGAAAGUAUUUUGCAGCAGCAGCAGUUUGAAGGAGGCACUGCCACUGGUGUACUGGACCACGAUGUCAUGUUUUGGUUUGGGGAUUUAAAUUUCCGUAUUGAAGACUAUGACAUCCAUGUGGUGAAAUGUUCCAUCGACAGCAAUAAGCUGCCUCUUCUGUGGGAGCGGGAUCAGCUCAACAUGGCUAAAAAUACAGAGUCCAUCCUGGAAGGCUUCAUGGAGGGACCGCUCAAAUUCCCACCUACUUAUAAGUUUGAUGUGGGCACAAAUACAUAUGACACUAGUGCUAAGAAGAGGAAACCUGCCUGGACUGAUCGUAUCCUCUGGCAUCUCCGUCGCACCGGUUCCCCAGUUCCUUCCCACAAUGCAGCACUGCAGCGGGGUUUGACCUCUUGGUUGGGUGGGGCAACUAAAGUGACACAGCACGUCUACCGAAGUCACAUGGGUUUCACAAUCAGUGACCACAAGCCUGUUUCGGCUCUGUUUUCACUGCACUUCCCAUUCAAGGUGGAUAUGCCUCUGGUGGAGCUACAGGUAAACAAGGAGUGGUGUAAAGUCUCAGAUGCUACAGUCAGAUUUACUGUUGCAUCAGCUUAUCAGCGCAGCUCAUGGGACUGGGUGGCAAUAUAUAAGGUUGGAUUCAGACAUCACAAAGAUUACCAGGCACAUGUGUGGGCCAAGGGAGAGCAUGCAACACAGGUGACAUUUUCAGAGGAAGAUUUGCCAAGAGAUGACUGUGAAUACAUCCUAGGCUACUACAGCAAUAAUAUGAACAGCAUUGUUGGAUUGUCAUCACUCAUUCAGAUCAAGAUACCGGUCCACAGCCCUACUAUACAUCAUUCAGACAGCUCCGAUUUCAGCUCAGAGGAUGACAGCACUCUUGUCCUAUUGUCUCAGAACUCCCGCAGUCCAAGCCCUAAAACGGGCAAACACCACCAUCGCCACAGGCGUAGUCGCAGCCCUGCUGUUCCUGCUCUUUCCUCCAACCCCUUGCCCACCCUGCAGGGUCUCAGCCUCUGUCCUCGCUCCAAAGAAGGCCGCACACGAAGCCGUUCGCCAUGCCCUGCUGCUAAGAAGGAGCGGCUGGUGUCCCCUGACGUUGUGUUGUCUUCCGCCAUCAACCCCCUCAGUCCCCGUAGCCCCAUGUCUCCAGGUAGUGGGGUGACUGCACCUGAGGCCCUGAUUGCUGCCAUCUUAGGUGAACACAGACCAGCUCAGGUCAGCCCCACAGGGGUGAAGCGGAUAGGGAAGGCAGGAGAAACAGACACUGCAUAGAAAUAAAUAUCAGUAGCUAAAAGCA